UUACCCUGUUCCGCUUAUAUCCAUUUCUCUUCUCUUUGGAGUUUGGCCCCCCCCUCAUUUCCUAAUCCAUCUAACUCCCAAAUGAAGCCUCAACAACUCGCAAUAUUCCUUCUCUUCCUUCUUUGCGUAUCUUUUCCCAGUACCAGUAGUAUUCCUCCUUCAACUUCUUCUCCACCUUCAUCAAUUCCACAACGAUUCAGGGAAGCCCCCGAGUUCUACAACUCGCCAGAGUGUCCUUCAAUCAUCAGUAGUGAUGAAUUAGAUGCCACCGACAUCAUCAGCAUUGACAAUAAUAUUAAUAAGAAUAGCAAUGAUGAAGAUUCCACCUCGGCCAGCGAUGGUGAUGAUGAUGACGGUGAUGUUGUUGAAGACCAUAAUUUCAUCUGCUCCGAUGAUGCUGUCCAUGUGGCCAUGACCUUAGACGCCGCCUACAUCCGCGGCUCACUGGCCGCCAUCCUUUCCAUCCUCCAACACUCGUCUUGUCCGCAGAACAUCAUCUUCCACUUUGUCACCUCUGCCUCAUCCAAUGCGUCUCUUCUAAGCACCACCGUUGCUUCCUCUUUCCCUUACCUCAAGUUCCAAGUCUACCGUUUUGCCGACGCGGCUGUGGCCGGGCUAAUAUCUACAUCCAUCCGUUCGGCCCUCGACUGCCCUCUUAACUAUGCAAGAAGUUAUUUAGCUAAUCUUUUACCCCUUUGCGUCCGGAAAGUUGUGUACUUGGACUCGGACUUAGUCCUAGUCGAUGACAUUGCUAAAUUGGCGUCCAUCCCAUUAGGUGAUGAUAAGGUCUUGGCAGCUCCUGAAUAUUGCAAUGCUAACUUCACCUCAUAUUUCACCCCAACUUUGUGGUCCAACCCUUCUCUUUCUUUAACAUUUGCCAACAGGAAAGCCUGCUAUUUUAAUACAGGAGUAAUGGUGAUUGAUCUUGAUCGGUGGAGAGCGGGGGAUUACACAACCAAGAUUGAAGAAUGGAUGGAACUGCAAAAAAGGAUGAGGAUAUAUGAAUUGGGAUCUUUGCCUCCCUUUUUGCUUGUUUUUGCUGGAAAUAUAGCUCCGGUUGAUCAUAGAUGGAAUCAGCAUGGUCUAGGAGGUGAUAACUUUCGAGGGCUUUGCAGGGAUUUGCAUCCGGGUCCGGUGAGUUUGUUGCAUUGGAGUGGUAAAGGCAAGCCUUGGGCAAGAUUGGAUGCCAACCGGCCGUGUCCCUUGGAUGCUCUCUGGGCACCUUAUGAUCUGUUAAAGACUCCAUUCGCAUUUGAUUCUUGACAGAAGUGUCAAAAUUGUGACUUAAAGGAGAAGCCAUUGCAAGGAAAGCGCGUAGCUGAACAUAAAUGGCUGCAAGUGUACAGGCUUUUGCUGAUGAUCGAGUUCAUCUGGGAAAUACGAUACCGUACCAUCUUGUCGAUGCUUCAUCAAUUAAAGUACUGUAGAUAGGAAGGAUGAAUGGUUCGGGGCCGUUUUUGCUUUUCCUUUUUGGGUCUGUAAAUUUUUUCAGGUCCUCGCCGUUCAUCAAAUUUUUUUAUGUUUGUUGGAAUACUACUAAUAAAGAUGCACUAAAGAUGGGAAUUGAAAAAGAUGGUAGAAACUCUUUUCACUUUUUGGUGGUAGUAAUUUGAUUUCUUCUAAUUAAUAAUAUAUUGCUGUUAUGAAUCU